UUUGCAGGCAGGAAAUCCGCAAACGGUUUCUCAGACACAAAGCGUCGCUGUUGAACGGGCUGCGCUGUGAUGUUAAACAAGCUGCCAUUUGUGUCUUUGAUGGGUAGUCUGCCAUCAGAGGGAUCCGUUCAGUUGCCUAGCGGAACUGAAACAACAACAGCAGCAGAAGCGGCAGCAGCAGCAGCGGAUGGUACAGAUUCGUCUUCGGUUGCCAGCCUCAAACCGAGAUUUGUUACUGCAUUCUGUUUUAAUGUGAAACAAAAGGUGACAUUGUCUUGUAUGGAAUGACAACUUCACACAGAUACAUUGAAUCCAAACUAGCAGCUCUGUUUGCUGACAUGGAGUGGCAGACACCAGCUGUGUCAGAGAAGUUCCAAAGCCGGUUUGGCCACCGACCUGGAACAUCGGACAGCGGGGACACUGGUCUUGGCACCUCAGCAUCUGACAGCACAGAAGAUUUCUGCAGUUCCAGCAGCAGCCCCCCUUUCCAGCCCAUCCGCAGUCAGAUCCCCAUACCCACUGCACAUGUCAUGCCAUCCACGGCCGGAGCCCCGGCCCCUAAGCCCCAGCUGUGUGUCCAGGAGGACUCCCUGUCCUCCGUUGAGGGACACAGGUCUUCCUCUGGCUCCAGAACCACAAGUGGCUCCACGUCGAAGUCUUCCAAUCUCUCCAAAUCCGCGUCUUCGCCCAACCUGGACGCUCAGGCUGGUGUGGGAGGCGAUCAUGUGGGGCCAAAGCCAGACUGCCUGAGCCGCUACCGCAGCCUGGUCAAUGGCCUGGACCACUCGCUUUUCCCCUCAGACCUCACACGGAUGGAUGAGGGCCAGAGGUUUGACACUCCUGCUGUGGAGCCUACGCUAAAUCAGACGGCCCUGUUGGGGGGCUUAUGUCCUGAUGUCAGACUCCGAUUACAAAUGACUGGCGUUAGAGACACCCCGGACUGUGUGUCUGAGGCCUACAGAGGAAGCAUGGAGCACAGCUUUAAGGUUCUGCCUGAAGCUAGGCCUGGGUUUCCUGGCACAGCAGAAACCUCUAAUCAGAGGGGCAGUCAGCCUGGUGCGACCGCAUCCGCCGGAGGUUAUGCAAACCCUCUCAGCCUGCAGACACAAGCUCUGCUGAGGGAGCAUGCAGGCUCCAAGGGUUAUGAGCCAUUGCGGCAGGACAGAUGUGAACUGUCCAGUUGGCAGCAACAGCAACAUAAGCAGCAACUGGAGAGUUUACGCCUGCAACUGGAACAAAUGCAGAUGAUGAGUGCAGGAGUGGGCCAGUACCCAUCUCUAUACUCGACACCCGUUCAGUCAGAUUCUGGCAAAUGGGACGCUCUGGUCAAAGCCAGUGAGAGUCUGCUAAAAGAGAAGGAGCUCAUUAUUGAGAGACAAAAGCAGCACAUGACCCAGUUGGAGCAGCGGCUGAGAGAAAGCGAGCUGCAAGUCCAUGGAGCCCUCCUGGGUCGAGGAGCGUCUUAUGGGGAUAUGUGUAUGCUGAGGCUACAGGAGGCUCAGAGGGAGAAUGCGUUCCUGAGGGCGCAGUUUACUGAGCGCACCGACUGUGCUGUCAUGGAGAAAGCGGAGGCUGAGCGCAGACUGGGGGCAGUCGAGGCUGAGACACGCCGACUAACUGACAGCUUGAAGGACACCUGUGAGAGACACGCGGAAGAGAUGAAGAAACAGGAAGAGAGGAUCCGCAGUCGAGACAAGCACAUCAACAACCUGAAGAAGAAGUGUCAGAAGGAGACGGAGCUAAAGAGAGAGAACCAGCAGCGCAUUGAGACUCUGGAGCGCUAUCUAGCUGACCUGCCCACCCUGGAGGACUAUCAGAGCCAGAACAAGCAGCUAGUAGAGGCUGAACAGCAGGUGACCCAGCUGCAGGAGAAGGUUCGAGAAGCAGAGGUCCGUCUAGAGACAACAUGCUCACAACUACGGGAAAAAGACGCACAGCUGGACGAUCAGAAACGCAGGGAGAGAGAGCUGCUGACCACCAUUACUGAUAUGCAGCAGCGGGUACAGCAGGGGCUUGAGGAUGGAGCAAGGCUGCCUUCCCUGGAUAUGGAGAAGCUCAGAGUAGAGAACAACGCCCUCAGAGAGGAACAGCAGAGACAUAAAAAGGUCAUUGAGAAGCAGCACCGAAUGAUGGAACAGCUUGGCUCCCAGAUCCAGGCUUUGGAGGAGCAGAUAUCUCAGGAAGAGAGCAGCUCUCAGGCUCUCAGAGAAGAUGUGUUGGCCAAAGAGCAGAACGUGUUAGAGCUCCACACAGCCUUGAAGGAGCUGUCGGCCCAGAACCAGGAGCUGAUGGAGCAAAAUCUGACCCUGCAGGAGCGAAUGAGUGAUCCAGACCAGAGGGGCACUACCCAGGUCUCCUCUACCCUGCAGCCUGCUGGGGCUCGUCUCACACAGAGCCUCCAUGCAGAGAUCGCCUCCUGCCUCCGUGACCUGCGCUCCCUGUGCAGCAUUCUGACCCAGAGAGCUCAAGGACAGGACCCCAACCUCUCCCUGCUGCUCGGCCUCACAUCUCCACCGCCAGUGGCAGAGCAGGACGAGGACUGGAUGAGUCCAGAGGUGCUGCAGAAGAAGCUGGUUGAAGCUCAACAGCUCCGUCGGGAUGUCGAGGAACUACGCAAUGUAAUACUGGACCGGUACGCACAGGACAUGGGAGAAAACUGCAUCACCCAGUAACCCUGCCAACCAGGUGAUGGAGGAAGCUUCACCUCCUGAAGCAUCUAAAAGGGGCUUGUCUUUCAUGACUAGUUACUGAAUGUCAGAAAGAGGACUGGCAAUUUUUCUUAAAACGAGGACAGAGGAAAGCCCAAAUGGUUUCGCUUCCACUUCUCUCGACUGACUGUACGUUGAUUCUCGAGCCCCCCCCCCCCCCACCCCCCACUGAGUUUAUCUAUUUCAGUCCAGGGGCUAACGGAAAAUAACUUACCUCUAAUACUUGAUCCUUAAGCAACAAGUGUGUUUUUUGUUUUUAUUAAUGACAUGAAUACUGUCAGUUACCAAACAGUCUUAUAGUUUUUGUUCAAUUUUUAGUAGAUAACUAUUUGUGUAGAAGUCCCACAAAUAUAUAAUUUAUUUUCUUUCUUUUUUAUUUCUCUCUGGAGGGGAAUUAUCCAAGAGGUGGUUGACAAUCAACUGAAAAAUAUCUUAACCUGUGCUUUUAACUGAAUUCACCAGUAAAUGUUUUUAACGUGCCAUUAUUUAAAAUGGCGAACACUGUAACAUAAGACUGCUGUGAGGUACAAGACUUGAUGCUGAAUGGUUCAAUACCAAGUCAGCUACACACACACCAACAAGCCUACAACAGUUUGAUUACCAAAGAAACUCUGGUCGAAGCAGUUGUGCAGGUCUGUGAAUGUUUGUGACUGCUUCUCUCCGCUGCAGGCCUUGUUCUGAAUGAAUGCCAACAUGUGCCUUUCUGUCACGCUUGCAACCGCAAUGCUAAAUUAAUUUAAGACCAACCACAAAGGGCUGUUUGCAGCUGACUCUUCCAAUAUGACCUUUCUCUCAGCGUAUCAACCAGUGGGAUAGUCGAUACAUUCCCUGACUCUGAAUGUAACGGAAAACAUUGGGCCACAUCCCAGAGCGUGUGGGGGCCCCUAACACUGUUUUUGUUCCUGUAGACUACCGAAGGGAGGUGAAACUCUUCAGUCUGGGAGAACUUUGUAGGAUCUUCUCUGUGUUAAUGAAUAAUUUCAGUUUACUGUACAUUUCAGGUUGAUAAUGGAAGACUCACAUUCGACAGAGUGGUUAACUGUUUGAUACAUUUAUGACUAAGAAACAGUAUUAAUCUUUAGUAUUAUUUAUUUCUUAUUGUUUGCUUUGACAACUCGUUGGGAAAGCCUCCUAAUGGUUUGCUGUAAUAAUGUGCUAAUUUGUUUGAGUAAACGUGUAAAGGUCCCAUGAAGUGGCUUUCAGAUUGUCAUUUUCUCCUGUGGUUUGAUGUGUUUCAUAUCUGCUAACAUGUUGGGGCUGAUGGAACGUGAACAUAGGAAAAA